AAAUUUACAUCACGAAGGUUUCCUCUUUCAGACCAAUAACACGAAGGCGAGAGAAUACAUUACAACACCGAGGAGGAAAAAAAUAAAAAGAUAAAUAAAUAAUAGGAGAGCCAAAUAAAAAGAGGGAUUUGAUAGAAUUUUCGUUUUCAUUUUUAUUUUAUAAUUUCUAUUAUUAUUUCUGUUUGUUUGGCGCAAAGAUUUCUAUUCACGCAGCAGCUCUCAAGUUGGUCGUCGUUUUCUCUCGAUCUGUUCUUCACGUUCGUCGAUUUAUAGCUUUCUCUCACGAUUUCCUCGCCCUCGAUUAUUGUUUUCUCUCGGUUAAAUUUGGAGGGGGGAAGAUUUCGGGAGUUCGAAAAAGGGGAGGAGUUUUUGUGAAGUAUGAGCAUCGAUAGACCCGGGAAAGGGGAGAGAGCUAGGGUUUGAGAGAAGUUGGAGAAUUCGGGGGAACUUGUGGAGAUUUCCAUGGGCGAUGGAGUUGCGUGCAUGCCUUUGCAGCAGCAUCAGCAUCAACAUCAGCACAUCAUGGAGAGAUUUCCAGUUACAGAAAAAACGCUUUGUCCCAACAAUGAGCUCACUACAAAGCCCGUUAACCUCAAAGACAACGCCCAGCAGCAACAGCAGCAGCAGCCACAAGAGCAGCAGCAACAAGAGCAACAACAGCAGCAGCCACAACCGCAGCUGCCGCGAAAGAAAAAGAAACUGGUCAAGGUUAAGAAAGUAGUGGUGGUUAAGAAGAAGGUGGUGGUGGGAGCAGCAGCAGCAGCAGCAGCAGCCGCAGCCGCAGCAACAUCACAGAAGAGUGAAUUGGUAGUUAAAGCAAAGACUGAAGCGGGACUGAAAAGCAGUAAAGAGAUUGAUAAAGGUGAUAAUUCUGGGCAGAAGGAGGAAGUGGAAGAAGGUGAAUUGGGGACGUUGAAGUGGCCCAGAGAAGGGGAGAAUGGGGAGGUUGGGACUGACAAGUCGAAGAAUGGGGAAAUUGAGAAGGGAGAGAUUACUAGUGAGAAAUGUAGGAAAGGGGAAGUAGUGAAGGAAGAGAUUGUUCGUGAAGUGAAAGGUGAGCUGGAGAAAGAGGAAACUGUUUCCAAGAAAAAAGGGGAGGUGAUGAAUGGAGAGAUUGUUACAGGUAAGUGGAGAAAAGGGGAGGUGGCGAAGGGGGAGAUGGUUCUGGAAAAAGGAAGGAAAGCGGAACCUGAAAAGGGAGAAUUUGGGUCAUGGAGAGGCGCCAAAGAUGACCUAGAGAAAGGAGAAUUCAUUCCUGAUAGAUGGCAUAAGGGGGACUUGAUGAAGGAUGAGUACAGUUACAGUAAAUAUAGGAAGUAUGAGUUAGGAAAGGAAAAAAGCUGGAAAUAUGAGAUGGAACGCACUCCACCUUCAGGUAAGUACUCAGUUGACGAUCUUUAUCACAGGAAGGAAUUCAGUAGAAGCACCCUGCAUGGCAGAAGUUCUUCCAGAUGGGAAACUAGCCAGGACAGGACUUCUAGGAUCAGUUCAAAGAUUGUGGAUGAGGAAGGCUUAUAUAAGAGUGAGUACAGCAAUGGUAAGAACCAUGGGCGAGAGUACCCUUCUUCUGGUAAUAGGCCGAAGCGGCAUGGCACUGAUUCAGACAGUGGUGACCGCAAGCACUAUGGAGAUUAUGGCGACUAUGCAAAUUCAAAAUGUAGGAGGCUCUCCGAUGAUUUUGGUCGAAAUUCCCACCCAGAGCUCUACUCACGCCACUCUGUUGAGAGGUUCUAUAAAAAUUCUUCUUCAUCAAGAAUUUCUUCAUUGGAAAAGUACACUUCAAGACAUCAUGAAUCCUCUUUGUCAUCUAGAGUUGUGUAUGAUAAGUGUGGGCGUAGUCCAGCAUAUUCUGAGCGGUCCCCACGUGAUAGGGUCAGGAAUUAUGAUCACAGGGAUCGGAGUCCAAUUCGACGGGAGCGAUCCCCAUGGGACAGAUCCCCAUAUACAUGUGAGAAAUCCCCAUAUGCUCGUGAUAGAUCUGUGUAUUCUCGUGAGAGAUCCCCAUAUGAUCGGAGUCGUCAUCAUGAUCAUAGAAUCAGAAGUCCUAUCAAUGCAGGGCGGUCCCCAGAGGAUCGGCCUAGAUUUCAUGAUCGUAGGGACCGGACUCCCAGCUAUUUGGAACGGUCUCCACAUGAUCGGAGUAAGACCAAAAAUCAAAGAGACACAAGUAAAAAGGGUGCCAUAAAUGAGAAGCGAGGCUCACAAUAUGGUUCUAAGGGGCAAGAAGAUAAAGUUAGUCGGAGGGAUCAUAGUGGAAGAGACUCACAUUCCUCAGCUAAAGAAUCUCAAGAUAGGAUCAGCGUGCACAAUUUGAAUGGAUCAGAUGAAAAAAAUGGCGUGUGUGAGUCUCACAAAGAAGAUCAAUCUCCAACACCCAGUGUAAAUUGCCAAGAACCUCCUCUUCUUGUUGACGGGGCACCUCCUGAAGAGCUGCAAUCAAUGGAGGAAGACAUGGACAUAUGCGACACACCACCUCACAUUCCUUUGGUGGCUGAGUCCGCUGUUGGUAAAUGGAUUUAUCUUGAUGUUUUUGGUAUCGAGCGAGGUCCUUCAAAAUUAUGUGACCUUAAGGAACUUGUUGAAGAAGGGGUUCUUUUGUCUGAUCAUUUAAUCAAGCACUUAGAUAGUGAUAGGUGGGUGACUGUUGAAAAUGCAGCUUCUCCCUUGUUGACUGCCAGUUUUCCAUCCAUUGUAUCGGACUCGGUAACUCAGCUGGUUAGCCCUCCUGAAGCUCCUGGUAACUUGCUGAUAGAAACUGGAGAUCUCAAGCCAUUAGGCACUCACAGUGGUGAUGAGACGAUGAGCUUCCAAGAUGACAGUGCAGCCACAUCUGAUUCCUUGGAAGAUCUUCACAUUGACGAAAGGGUUGGAGCUCUAUUGGACGGUAUCAAUAUUAUUCCUGGCAAGGAGCUUGAAAUAGUUGGGGAAGCUCUGCAAAUGACCUUUGAUGAUGCGGAAUGGGAAGUGUGGGGGAGCUCUGAUGGUUUCCCUUGGCUUUUGAGUCGCACAGGGGAUUGGCAUGAUAAAGUAACUGAAGAAUUAUCUAGCUACUCUGACACCAAUGCAAAGGAGGCUGCAGAGCCCAGGGCUGUUGCAAUAUCUGAUUGUUCCUCCUGUGCUGACUCUAGUGACUGGUUUUCUGGUCGAUGGUCAUGCAAGGGUGGGGACUGGAAGAGGAACGAGGAAGCUACUCAGGAUAGAUCUUCGAGGAAAAAACUUGUUCUUAAUGAUGGUUACCCUUUAUGCCUUAUGCCAAAGUCUGGGUAUGAGGACCCUCGCUGGCAUAUGAAAGAUGAUCUGUACUAUCCUUCUCAUAGCAAAAGGCUUGACCUCCCUCCUUGGGCCUUCUCAAUUGCCGAAGAGAGAAAUGAUUGCAAUGAUAUUAGUAGAUCGAAUCAAAUUAAGCCUUCUGCUGUAAGAGGAGUGAAGGGAACCAUGCUUCCAGUAGUCAGGAUAAAUGCAUGUGUGGUUCAGGAUCAGGGUUCAUUUGUAUCUGCACCUCGCACAAAAACUCGAGUGAAGGAGAGACACUCUUCAAGAUCUUCCCGGUCACACUCGACAACUAGUGAUGUCAAGAAAUCAUCAGCAGAAAGUGAUUCACUAUCAAAGGCUGUUAAUGAUCAACGCUUGAAAGGAUCAUGGAAGUUUGCACCCAUUAAUACUCCUAAAGACCAUGUUUGUACUAUUGAUGAGUUGCAGUUACACUUGGGUGAAUGGUACUACCUUGAUGGUGCUGGGCAUGAAAGGGGACCUUCAUCAUUCUCUGAACUUCAGUUUUUGGUAGAUCAAGGAGUUAUCCCGAAAUAUAGCAGUGCUUUUCGUAAAUAUGAUCAAAUGUGGGUUCCAGUCACCUCCGCUGCAGGGAGUCUUGAAGUCACUGCAUGGAAUCGGCCUGGGAAUGUUGCAUCAUCUGCUGAUUCUUCUGGAACUACACUUUUAGAUUCCCAAGGUGUCGCUGUUAGUGAUAAUAAUACAAGUUCCAGUUCGUUUCACAGGCUACACCCCCAAUUCAUUGGAUAUACCUGUGGGAAGCUUCAUAAAUUGGUAAUGAAAUCAUUUAAGAGUCGGGAAUUUGCUGCAGCCAUAAAUGAGGUUUUAGACCCAUGGAUCAGUGCAAAACAGCCAAAGAAAGAGAUGGACAAGCAUAUUUACCAAAAAACAGAUAGUGGCAAACGGGCACGAAUGAUGAUUAAUGGAAGUGAAGAAGAGUAUGAUAUUGAAGAUGAGUUGCAAUCAAUCCGAAAGGAUGAUUUUGCAUUUGAAGAUUUAUGCGGUGAUGUGACCUUCCAUGAACAAGAGAGUGCAUGUUCCGUUACUGAGAUGGGGAACUGGGGUUUGUUGGAUGGUCAUGUGCUAGCACGAGUCUUCCAUUUCUUGAGAUCUGACAUGAAAUCCCUUGUCUUUGCUUCUUUGACUUGUAAACACUGGAGAGCUGCUGUCAGGUUUUACAAGGGUAUUGCAAGGCAGGUUGACUUGUCAUCUCUUGGUCCCAACUGCAGUGACUCUAUAGCUCAGAAAAUCCUGAACUGUUACAACAAAGAACGGAUAAAUUCCAUGGUUCUGAUUGGUUGCACGAACAUAAGUUCAAUCACACUUGAAGAUGUUCUUCAAGUUUUUCCUAGUUUAUCUUAUAUAGAUAUUAGAGGUUGCAGCCAGUUUGGGGAAUUGAUAGUCAAAUUUCCCAAUUUGAGGUGGUUCAAGAGCACAAGUUUGCAUGCUAUGACAAUCUCAGAUGAGUCUAAUUCUAAAAUAAGGACUCUGAAACAAAUUACCGAGAAAACUUCAUCUGGCCUUAAAACGGGCCUGGGGAAUGCUAUCGAUGAUUUUGGCGAAUUGAAGAGUUAUUUUGAAAGUGUUGAUAGAAGAGACUCUGCAAACCAAUUAUUUCGCCAAAGUUUAUAUAGGCGUUCAAAGUUAUUUGAUGCCAGGAAGUCCUCAUCCAUUUUAUCUAGGGAAGCUCGUAUCAGGCGAUGGGCCAUUAAAAAAUCCGAAAAUGGAUAUAAGCGGAUGGAGGAAUUCCUUGCUUCUAGUCUAAGGGAUAUAAUGAAGGAGAAUACCUCCGAUUUUUUUGUGCCCAAGGUUGCAGAAAUUGAGGAGAAAAUGAAAAAUGGUUAUUACAUUGGACAUGGUCUGGGUUAUGUUAAAGAGGACAUCAGCCGAAUGUGCAGGGAUGCAAUAAAAACAAAGAAUCGUGGAGGUGCUCGAGACAUGAAUCGCAUAAUUACUUUAUUUAUCCAGCUCGCCACACGUUUAGAAGAGGGUGCUAAGAUUACAUCUUCUUAUGAAAGAGAUGAAUUGCUGAAGUCUUGGAAAGAUGACUCACCUACUGGAUUCUCAAAGUACAAGAAGAAACUUGGUAAGGCAGUCACUGAAAGAAAGUACAUGAACAAGAGCAAUGGCACUUCUUUUGCAAAUGGUGCUUUUGAUUAUGGGGAAUAUGCAUCUGAUAGAGAAAUUAGAAAGCGUCUGUCCAAACUUAAUAGGAAAUCGCUUGACUCAGAAAGUGAAACAUCUGAUGAGCUUGAUCGCUCUUCUGAGGAUGGCAAAAGUGAGAGUGAAAUUGAGAGUACCGCUUCAGAUACUGAGAGUGAAUUGGAUUUCAAGCCUGAAGGUCGGUCUGGGGAGUCAAGAGGGGAUGGAUACUUCAUGGCAGGAGAUAGUUUUGAUUCUAUGGCUGAUGACCGUGAAUGGGGUGCUCGUAUGACCAAAGCUAGUUUGGUUCCUCCUGUCACUAGGAAAUAUGAAGUCAUUGAUCAGUAUGUUGUUGUAGCUGAUGAGGAGGAUGUGCGGCGUAAGAUGCAAGUAUCCUUGCCGGAGGACUAUGCCGAGAAGCUCAAUGCUCAAAAAACUGGCACUGAGGAGUUGGAUAUGGAACUUCCUGAAGUCAAAGAUUAUAAACCCAGAAAAGAGCUUGGAGAUGAAGUUAUAGAGCAAGAAGUUUAUGGAAUUGAUCCUUACACUCACAACCUCUUGCUUGAUUCCAUGCCGGAGGAGUUGGAAUGGCCUUUAGAGGAUAAGCAAUCUUUUAUUGAAGAUGUUCUCCUUCGAACUCUGAAUAAGCAAGUUAGACAAUUCACAGGCACUGGGAACACUCCAAUGAUGUAUCCGUUGAAGCCCAUUGUAGAAGAAAUUAAAAGAGUUGCUGAGGUGGACUGUGAUAAACGAACAAUGAAAAUGUGUCAAGGUAUACUGAAAGCCAUAGAUGAUCGUCCUGAUGACAAUUAUGUUGCUUACCGAAAGGGUUUGGGUGUUCUCUGCAACAAGGAAGGUGGUUUUAGAGAAGAAGAUUUUGUUGUAGAGUUUUUGGGAGAGGUUUAUCCUGUUUGGAAAUGGUUUGAGAAGCAAGAUGGGAUUCGGUUGUUGCAGAAUAACAGCAAGGAUCCAGCUCCCGAGUUCUACAACAUCUACCUUGAGAGGCCAAAGGGUGAUGCGGGUGGCUAUGAUUUAGUUGUUGUUGAUGCAAUGCAUAAGGCCAAUUAUGCGAGUCGAAUUUGUCAUUCAUGUCAUCCUAAUUGUGAAGCCAAAGUUACCGCUGUAGAUGGUCAGUACCAAAUUGGAAUCUAUGCUCUACGUGCAAUACGAUAUGGCGAGGAGAUUACAUUUGAUUAUAAUUCCGUUACAGAGAGCAAGGAAGAAUAUGAAGCAUCUGUCUGUCUCUGUGGUAGUCAAGUUUGCCGUGGCAGCUACUUGAAUUUGACUGGUGAAGGUGCAUUUCAGAAGGUACUGAAGGAGUGGCAUGGUAUACUUGACCGACAACAGCUAAUGCUAGAAGCUUGUGAACUAAAUUCUGUAUCUGAAGAAGAUUACCUUGAGCUAGGGAGGGCUGGCCUAGGAAGCUGUUUGCUUGGUGGAUUGCCUGAUUGGUUGGUUGCUUACUCAGCUCGUGUGGUGAGAUUCAUAAAUUUUGAGAGAACAAAGCUCCCUGAGCAAAUUUUACGGCAUAAUUUGGAAGAGAAGCGCAAGUACUGUAUAGACAUAUCUCUUGAUGCAGAGAGGAAUGAUGCAGAGAUUCAGGCUGAGGGUGUCUAUAACCAGAGGCUUCAGAAUUUGGCUAUUACUCUUGACAAGGUGAGGUAUGUCAUGAGAUGCGUGUUUGGUGACCCCAAAAAGGCUCCACCACCUAUAGAGAGGCUCAGUCCUGAAGAGGCUGUUUCCUUUCUCUGGAAAGGUGAGGGAUCACUUGUUGAGGAGCUUCUUCAGUCCAUGGCUCCUCACGUGGAAGAUGAAACACUUAAUGAUCUGAGGUCCAAGAUUCAAGUGCAUGACCCAUCAUGGUCUGACAACAUUCUGAAAGAACUUCAGAAAUCUUUGUUAUGGUUGAGGGAUGAGGUUCGGAAUCUUCCAUGUACGUACAAGUGUCGGCAUGAUGCUGCAGCUGACUUGAUCCAUAUUUAUGCUUACACAAAGUGCUUCAUAAGAGUUCGGGAGUACAAAGCAGUAACUUCUCCCCCUGUCUACAUUAGUCCUCUUGACCUGAGCCCCAAGUACUCUGACAAGUUCACAGGUCUUCAGGAAUAUUGCAAGACGUAUGGUGAAAAUUAUUGUUUGGGGCAGCUAGUUUUUUGGUAUAACCAGACCAGUGUUGAUCCAGAUUCCAGCCUGUUUAGAGCAAGUAGGGGUUGCUUAUCAUUACCUGACAUUGGUUGCUUCUACGCCAAGGUUCAGAAGCCAUCAAGGCAUCGUGUUUAUGGCCCAAAGACUGUCAAAUUUAUGCUGUCAUGGAUGGAGAAGCAACCCCAGAGACCAUGGCCGAAGGACCGAAUAUGGACAUUCAAAGGUAGUCCAAGAAUCUUUGGGAGUCCAAUGCUAGAUGCAGUUUUAAACAAUAGUUCACUGGACAGAGAGAUGGUGCAAUGGUUGAAGCAUAGACCUGCGAAAUUCCAGGCGAUGUGGGAUAGAUGAGGACAUUGUUGUAGGGGUUGAGUUUUGUGGGGAGCAGUAGGAUAUUAUUAGCCAAAUACGGUUGUAAAUGUUUUUGGAAUGAUUUGUCAAUUUUAGUUUGGCAGCUACCCUUUGGGUUAAGAGGGGUAGUUGGUAAAAAAUCAUUCCAAAACAUCAUUUUCUUGUGCCCCUUUUCUUCUCAUUCUUAUGUACAGUUUUCAUCUUUGUAUUCUGUAAUUCAUUUCGUUUAGUAGGCCUUUUUGUCUAAAGAA